GUGGAGAUGGUGUACAGUUUGCUGUCCAUGUUAGGUGCUCAUAACAAGGAAGACAUGAGUCGGAAGUUGUUGCUUAUGUCUAGUUCUAAGGAAACCUGUGUUGCUAUGAGACAGACAGGUUGUCUGCCUCUGUUAGUUCAGCUAUUACAUGGAAAUGAAAAAGACUCCAGCUCUUCAGAAGAAGAAACUAACUUAAUAAGAGAAACUGUACGACAAACUCGCAGACAAGCUAGCCUGGCUCUUCAUAACAUUGUCCACUCUCACCCUGAUGACAAAAGAGGGCGCAGAGAAGCAAGGGUUCUUCGUUUACUAGAGCAGCUUCGAGAAUACUGCGAUAACCUAAGGGAUGCUGACACAAGUAUUGCUAGUCAAAGUACUUAUG